AUGUUUCUCUCCAAGCUUGGAGCCCUGUGCACGAGGAUGGAUUUCCGUGAAGCCAACCUUCCAGCGGCUUCGUUUCAUACAGUUGCAGCUAUUUUGGCUAUCUUUUCGAUGAUGUCCACUGAUUGGAUUCUCAUUGAGGAUAUGAGCGCCAAGAAUGGAACCUUUGCCUUGGAUUCACUUGAAAUCGCACAGAUGUUCAUGAAGAACUCCGAGCCAUGCCGUGCAAUUGGUUGUCAUGAUUUCUGGGAAGCCGUCCGUUUUGGCGGAUACGUCGACGAGAGUGGAAAAUCACAUGUCGCUUUCCACACACCAUCGAGAGUUCUCGUUGAUUGUAUCACUCCGUCUACGGCCAACUAUUUCUACAUCCUCAUUGCUCUUUGCUUCGUGAUCUCUGCGACGUCAUCCUUGUGCGCUACGAUGAGUCUUCUUCCACCACCAGCACCAUUCCUGGCUUGGCUCCGAAGCAACUCAAUUUUGGAAAUGUCGAACAUGUUGCUAACUCUCUGCUGCUGUACAAUUGCAAUCGUUGCUCAAACCGACAUCUCAGACCAGCGUCCAAAUGACAUCGUUGCCAUCGGAGCUGGAGUUUUCCUUGUCUGCAUCUCGGGACUUCUUUCUUUCCUCGCUGCCAUGGCUAGCAUCCGUCAAAGCAACCGCAAGACUCGCAUGCGCCGUAUCGACAACCAACGUCUCCUCUGUGCACGCUCGCUUCGCUCUUGGAGAGACGCCGGACGCCGUCCAGAAGACGUCCGCCCAAUCGUUGAUUUUGAAAGAUACCUCGACGAAGCUACCGAGUUGGAGCAAACAUCUUCUCAAUCAUCUUCUCAAUCAAACCCUGCUGUCUAA